AUGCCGACUCAUCCAGAAGUACUGUGGGCUCAGCGCAGCUCCGAGUCCGACGAGACCAAGAACGUCCUUUUUCUUACCAUAAACUUGCCCGACAUCAAAUCUGAGAGCUUGAAGUACGAGCUCACGCCGACUUCGCUCUCGUUUGCUGCCACGGCGGGAGCGCAGGAAGCGAGGGACUAUGAGCUCAAGCUUGACUUGUUCGAGGAGGUUGACCCCGAGCAAUCAAAGAGUCAUCUGACAAGUCGCUCGUUCACGAUAGUCCUCCGCAAAAGGGAGAAAAAGGCAGGCUACUGGCAGCGCCUCACGAAGGAAAAGAUCAAGACGACGUACAUCAAGACAGACUUUAGCAAGUGGGUCGACGAGGACGAGCAGGAUGGCGACACUACUGCAACGGCGGAUGACUUUGAUAUGGGCGGCAUGGGCGGCAUGGGCGGAAUGGGUGGAAUGGGCGGAAUGGGAGGUAUGGGAGGCAUGGGCGGAAUGGGUGGAAUGGGAGGCGGCCUCGGUGGCCUCGGCGGGGGCGCCGGCGAACCGUCAGGGGCAGCGGGAGACGACUCUGACGGCGAGGAUGACGGUGAGGGUCCGCCGCCACUGGAGGAGGCCGAGUCCAAGGCAUGA